UUUUCUCUGGAUCAAUGUGCCCCAUUCUGCCCCACUGUCGACAUUUCCAGGGCACAUCAAGCAGCCAGCUGAUAGAGAGCGGAAGUGAGGAAGAGUGAGGAAAGGGUUGAAGGUUUGACAGGGAAUGACAUUGUUAAAAUUAUUCGUAAAGAAACAGGAGUGUGAAGGGGCAGAAGGUGCAGACUCUUCAGCUCACAAGCAGUAUAUGCCGUAUAUGCUGCUACCUUGAUCUUAAUUAGUUUCCUUUCGAGGCAUGUUAACGUUUUAUGGUGGACGUAGUACCGGCACGAAUGAGCACAUAUAAUAGGCUACGUACUUUUGAUCCGUGAUGUAGUGACAAGUUUCUGCAGGAAAUGGUUUGGUGACCGAAGGUGCCAAUGUAGAAACUACAAUUUCGUAUAGUAAGUCAGGAGAAAAUGGGUGCCGUAGUACACGAUGGUAGGUUAGGGCUACGUAAGUUAGGUUAGUUUUGUUUUUCAUAAAAGCAUUGUGACCUAGUAUGACUUCCGUCACAGGACAGAGCUCAGGACCCAAGUUUCGCGUGUCUGUCGUUUUAUACAACUUGGCGGUCGUAUGAAAGCAAAAUGUCAAACGCACUCAUGCAACAAUUUGUUGCGGGCCUUAAGUCCCGGAAUGCUGAGACUCGCUCAAAAGCAGCAAGAGACUUAUAUCAUUACGUCAAGACAGAGCUUCGGGAGGUCUCUAUGGAAGAGCUCACCUCGUUUAUGGACGAUUUCAACCAUCAUAUCUUUGAAAUGGUUUCUGGAUCUGAUGUGAAUGAGAAGAAAGGAGGAAUAUUGGCCAUUGUUUGCCUCAUACGUGCAGAUGUUGGUAACAUCAAUACUCGCAUCAGCAGGUUUGCCAAUUACCUACGAAAUCUUUUACCAUCAAGUGAUACUGGUGUGAUGGAAUUGGCUGCAAAGACAGUGGGGAAGUUGGCACUUGUAUCUGGCACAUAUGCAGCAGAAUAUGUAGAAUUUGAAGUGAAGAGGGCCUUUGAAUGGCUUGGUGGGGAUCGUAAUGAGGGCAAGAGACAUGCUGCGGUGCUUGUUCUCCGAGAAUUGGCAGUUACUAUGCCAACAUAUUUUUUUCAACAAGUUCAGCAGUUUUUUGAUCUCAUAUUUAAUGCAGUCCGGGAUUCGAAGCCAGUAAUUAGAGAGGGUGCUGUGGAGGCAUUGAGGGCAGCUCUUGUAGUCACUGCACAGAGAGAGACUGCCAAGCAGACACAGAAACCACAAUGGUACAAGCAGUGCUAUGAUGAGGCCACAAGUGGGUUUGAUGAAAUAUAUACAAGAGAAAAGGGUGUUAGUCGUGAUGAUCGAGUCCAUGGUUCACUACUUGUACUCAAUGAGUUGCUGAGAUGCAGCAAUGCUGAGUGGGAGCGCAGCUAUGAAGAGCUGAUGGACCGAGUGCAAUACCAGCAAGGACAACAAGCUAGUGACUGUAUGAGUUUGAUGCCCCGGCUAAAAUCACCAUUGGUGCCAAAGUCACAACAGGGUAAAGGGAGUCCAGUAGCAGUGUCAUCUCCUGUUGGGAACCAUCGCCUCUCUCUGUAUGAAAGUGCAGCUUGCCGACAGCUAAUGACCGAACGAUUUGAUGACGUGUGCAAAGAUGUGCUGACCCAACGGAACUCACGCAGUCCCCACGUCCAUCAUACAUUGCUUGAGAUAUUACCAAGGCUUGCAGCUUUCAACAAAGAGAAAUUUGUUAAAACACACUUAAACACAUCGAUGCAGUAUCUUCUGCUAAGCCUGCGAGGUCGUGAGAAAGACCGUAGUACCGCCUUCACCACAAUAGGCCUAAUUGCUUUAGCUGUUGAGGAGGAUAUUAAACCUUAUCUUCCAAGGAUCAUGGAAGUUAUUAGAGUGUCACUACCUGCAAAGGAUACUCCCAGCAAGAAGAGAGGAAUGUCUCUUGAGCCAGCUGUCUUUGUAUGCAUAACAUUGCUGGGGCAUGCUGUUAAAUUGAUGAUUAGGUCUGAUGUGCGAGACUUGCUGGAGCCAAUGUUGGCCACAGGACUCAGUCCAGCAUUGACUACUGCGCUGAGAGAACUGGCAUUCAGUGUACCACAGCUGAAGAAAGAAAUAUCUGAAGGUUUGCUAAGAAUGCUGUCACAUGUUCUGAUGCAUAAGCCGUUACGCCAUCCUGGUAUGCCACGCCACCUGGUACCACCCUCUGCCAGUUCAGCUGUGACAUCGUUGUCUUCACAUGGGCUUGGACAGGAAUCACAGGAUGUCCCCAGCAUUGUGUUGGCAUUGAGGACAUUAGGAAGCUUCAAUUUUGAUGGACAUUCAUUGCUGCAGUUUGUCCGUCGAUGUGCUGAUCAUUUUUUGACGAGUGAACAACAGGAAGUGAGGUUGGAGGCAGUUCGAACUUGUAGUCGGUUACUAAGACUUGCCCUGCAAGGUUCUGCUAGUCGGCAUUCAGACACUGUUACAACUACAGUUGCUGAUGUUUUGGGGAAACUUCUUGUAGUUGGUAUUACGGAUACUGAUGCUGAUGUUCGUUACUGUGUACUUGAAUCACUGGAUGACAGUUUUGAUAGUCAUCUGGCACAAGCAGAGAACCUCAGUGCACUCUUUGUGGCAAUGAAUGAUGAAGUAUUUGAAAUCCGUGAGCUUGCCAUCUGCACAAUUGGUCGUCUGAGCUGCAUGAACCCUGCUUAUGUAAUGCCAUCUCUUCGGAAGACCCUUAUACAGUUCCUAACAGAGUUGGAACACAGUGGGAUAGGACGCAACAAGGAGCAAAGUGCGCGCAUGUUGGAUCACUUGGUAGUGAAUGCUCCCCGGCUUAUUCGCCCAUAUAUGGAACCCAUUCUGAAGGUUCUUGUGCCUAAGCUGAAGGAACAAGAGCCCAAUCCAUGUGUAGUGGUCAGCGUUCUCACUGCAAUUGGAGACUUAGCAGAGGUUAAUGGUAAUGAGAUGCAGCAAUGGAUGGGAGAAUUACUUGCCAUCCUCCUGGAGAUGUUAGGAGAUGCUAGCUCUCCUGAAAAACGAGGAGUGGCUCUGUGGGCUUUGGGCCAGUUGGUGGGGUCAACAGGUCAUGUGGUAAAACCCUACAAUCAGUAUCCCACAUUACUGGAUGUUCUCAUCAACUUCUUGAAGACUGAACAGCAGCCUAUUAUCAGGCGUGAAACCAUUCGAGUACUCGGACUACUUGGGGCAUUAGAUCCAUAUAAGCAUAAGAUGAAUCUUGGACAAAUUGACACCCAAGUGGAUUCCACAGCCCUUCUGUCCAUAACAGACAAUAAGACUGAAGCAGAGGCAAGCCAUGAUCUGACUACAAGUGAGAUGUUGGUGAACAUGAGUUCUUCAACAUUAGAAGAGUAUUAUCCUGCAAUAGCUAUAGCAACUCUCAUGAGAAUCAUCCGUGAUCCAACCUUGUCUCAGCACCAUACAAUGGUUGUUCAGGCUGUUACAUUCAUCUUCAAGUCCUUGGGCAUAAAGUGUGUUCCAUACAUUUCCCAUGUGAUGCCAAGUUUCUUGAAUGUGGUCCGAACAGCUGAUGUCAAUUUCAGGGAGUUCCUUUUCCAACAGUUGGCUGUCUUGAUUGCUAUUGUUAAGCAGCAUAUUCGUAAUUACCUUGAUGAUAUCUUCACACUUAUAAAGGAAUUCUGGACAAUUAACAGCCCGUUGCAGAGCACUCUAAUUCUUUUGGUGGAGCACAUUGCUGUUGCUCUUGGGGCUGAGUUCAAGAUUUACCUCCCCCAGCUCAUGCCUCAGAUCUUGCGAGUUCUCAUGCAUGACACCAGCAAGGAUCGGGCUGUUACCAUUAAGCUGCUGUUGGCACUACAGAAAUUUGGCAACAAUCUUGACGACUACUUGCACUUGGUGCUUCCUCCCAUUGUACGUCUCUUCGAUGCAGCUGACUGUCCACUGCCUGUAUGCCGUGUUGCUCUUGAGACAGUGGACCAUCUGGCUGAUACUUUAGAUUUCACUGACUUUGCGUCACGUAUUGUUCAUCCACUUGUUCGCACAUUGGACUCCUGCCCAGAGCUACGCCCUCCUGCCAUGGAAACUCUUUGUGCUCUUGUUGUCCAACUCGGUCGCAAGUACCAGAUCUUCAUUCCACUAGUUCAAAGAGUCAUUGCAAAACACAAGAUAAAUUGCCAACGAUAUGAAAUAGUGACUUGCAAGAUUGUUACGGAUACAACAAUAGCUGAAGAAGAGGACUACAUGUUGAUGAGGCACAGAUUGUCCCGACACAAGAACAGAGAUAUUGCUUUAACUUCUUCUGAUACAACUACAAUCAAGAGGUUACAUGUCUCACCAGCAAACCUUCAGAGGGCAUGGACAGCAACAAGAAGAGUUUCCAAAGAUGACUGGCUUGAAUGGCUGCGAAGACUUAGUAUUGAAUUGCUGAAAGAAUCACCGUCACCAGCUCUGAGGUCAUGUUGGGCUCUAGCACAGACAUACUCACAGCUACCUCGGGAUCUCUUCAACGCUGCGUUUGUUUCCUGUUGGACUGAACUCAGUGAGUCAUUGCAGAAUGAGUUAAUCCAAAGCUUGGAGCAGGCACUGAUGGUUCCAGAUCUACCAGAAAUCACACAGACAAUCCUGAACUUGGCUGAGUUCAUGGAACAUUGUGACAAGGGCCCACUGCCUCUAGAUCCUCAGUUGCUGGGUGAGAGAGCCAUGCAUUGUCGAGCCUAUGCUAAGGCACUCCACUACAAGGAGGAGGAGUUCCAUACGGGCCCCAACUCACAGGUGUUUGAAGCUCUGAUAUCCAUUAACAAUAAGCUGCAGCAGAAAGAGGCUGCUGCAGGUUUGCUGGAGUACGUGAUGAAUCAUCAAGGUUCAGACCUCAAAGUACAGGAACGUUGGUAUGAGAAGCUACACAACUGGGAGAAGGCGCUUCAUUCUUACCAGGAACGGCUGGAAGACAACUCUGAGGAUGUGGACUUGGCUUUGGGACAGAUGAGGUGCAUGGAGGCGCUUGGAGAAUGGGGUCAGCUGAAUGAUGUAGCCACAAAGCACUGGAAUCACUUCAAUGAAGAAGGACGUCAGAGGAUGUCCCGAAUGGCUUCAGCUGCAGCCUGGGGUUUGAAUCAGUGGGAUGCUAUGGAGCAAUAUGUGAAUUGUAUUCCUCGUGACACUCAAGAUGGGGCCUUCUACAGAGCUGUCCUCACAGUUCAUAGGGGACAGUAUAUUGCUGCUCAGCAGCUCAUCGACUCAGCGAGAGAUCUCCUGGAUACUGAGUUGACUGCAAUGGCUGGAGAGAGUUAUCAGAGAGCAUAUGGGGCUAUGGUCUCUGUACAGAUGCUGGCAGAAUUGGAAGAAGUUGUCCAGUAUAAAUUAAUACCAGAAAGAAGAGCAACCAUUCGUAAAAUGUGGUGGGAUAGGUUACAGGGUUGCCAGCGUGUAGUUGAAGACUGGCAACGGAUUAUACAGGUCCACACCCUAGUAGUGUCUCCCCAGGAGGACAUGUACACGUGGCUUAAGUAUGCAGCACUCUGCAGGAAGUCUGGACGUCUGAUGUUGUCCCACAAGACAUUAGUAAUGCUGCUUGGCAUGGAUCCAUCACAGAAUCCAGACCAGCCUUUACCAGCACACCAUCCUCAAGUCACAUUUGCCUACACUAAACACUUGUGGAUGUCAGAUCGGAGGGAGGAAGCCUACAGCCAGCUGCACAGAUUUGUUCAGUCCUCUCUCCACCCUCAGACCCUCCAACUGAUGGGUCAGGAUGAAGAUAAACAACAAGAACUUCGCUGCAGACUUCUUGCAAGGUGUUACCUGAAGUUGGGCCAAUGGCAGGAGAGCCUACAUGGUAUUAAUGAACACACAAUUCCUGCUGUCCUGCAGUACUAUGCUACAGCAACUGACCAUGAUGCAACAUGGUACAAGGCCUGGCAUGCAUGGGCAUACAUGAACUUUGAAACAGUUCUCUUCUACAAGCAACAGCAGCAGCAGCAACAGCAGACAAAUGAAGUAGGAGGAACGGCUAACAGAGCCCAAGUUGAUCCCAGUGCAGCCUCUCGUGCCGGACUUCCAAGCUCUUUGUAUAUCUCCCAGUUCACGGUGCCAGCAGUGGAGGGGUUCUUCCGUUCCAUUGCCUUGUCACAUGGUAGCUCACUGCAAGAUACACUUCGACUGCUGACACUUUGGUUUGACUAUGGUCAAUGGCCAGAAGUGUAUGAUGCCAUUGUAGAAGGGAUUCGCACAAUUGAAAUUGAUACAUGGCUUCAGGUGAUCCCUCAGCUGAUAGCCCGUAUUGACACUCCACGUGCUCUGGUGGGAAGGCUCAUUCAUCACCUUCUGAUAGACAUUGGUAAACAUCAUCCCCAAGCCCUGGUUUAUCCCUUGACAGUUGCCAGCAAAUCUGCCAGUAUGGCGAGACGCAAUGCAGCCAACAAGAUCCUCAAGAACAUGUGUGAACACAGUCCUGUUCUGGUCCAGCAGGCAGUUAUGGUGAGUGAUGAGCUGAUCCGAGUAGCAAUUCUCUGGCAUGAAUUAUGGCAUGAGGGGUUGGAAGAAGCAAGCAGGCUCUAUUUUGGAGAACGUAAUGUGAAGGGGAUGUUCGACACAUUGGAACCUCUUCAUGCCAUGUUGGAGAGAGGGCCCCAGACUCUGAAGGAAACAUCUUUCAAUCAGGCUUAUGGACGUGACCUGAUGGAGGCACAGGAAUGGUGCCACCGGUACAAAGUAUCUGGUAAUGUGCGAGAUCUUAACCAAGCAUGGGAUCUGUACUACCACGUAUUUCGACGCAUCUCGCGCCAACUGCCACAGCUGACCAGCCUAGAGCUCCAGUAUGUCAGUCCAAAACUGCUGAUGUGCCGAGACCUUGAGCUUGCAGUACCUGGCAGCUAUAUUCCAGGACAGCCUGUGGUUAGAAUUGCACAGAUUCAGAGCUCAUUGCAGGUCAUCACAUCAAAACAACGGCCACGAAAACUCUGCAUCAAGGGGAGCAAUGGUCGGGAUUACAUGUUCCUGCUGAAGGGUCAUGAGGAUUUACGGCAGGAUGAGAGAGUGAUGCAGCUCUUUGGUCUAGUCAAUACACUUCUUCUUAAUGACCCAGACACUUUCCGCAGAAACCUUACCAUUCAGAGAUAUGCUGUGAUCCCACUGUCCACCAACAGUGGCUUGAUUGGUUGGGUCCCUCACUGCGAUACAUUGCAUACGCUUAUCCGGGAUUACCGUGAAAAGAAGAAAAUCCUGCUCAACAUUGAACACAGGAUAAUGCUGAGGAUGGCUCCUGACUAUGAUCACCUGACACUUAUGCAGAAGGUUGAAGUGUUUGAACAUGCUCUGGAACAUACACAGGGUGAUGACUUGUCCCGCCUCUUAUGGCUCAAAUCACCAUCUUCAGAGGUUUGGUUUGACCGCCGGACAAACUACACGCGCUCAUUGGCUGUCAUGUCAAUGGUGGGAUAUAUACUUGGGCUGGGAGACAGACAUCCCUCAAAUCUGAUGUUAGAUCGUCUAAGUGGUAAAAUUCUACAUAUUGAUUUUGGUGAUUGCUUUGAAGUGGCAAUGACCAGAGAGAAAUUUCCAGAAAAGAUUCCCUUCAGGCUUACAAGAAUGCUGAUUAAUGCAAUGGAGGUGACUGGCAUUGAAGGAACAUACAGACGAACAUGUGAGUCUGUCAUGUCAGUGUUGCAUCGGAACAAAGACAGUCUGAUGGCUGUGCUGGAGGCAUUUGUGUAUGACCCGCUGCUCAACUGGCGUCUCAUGGACAGUGCAGCACCUAAAGCCAAACGAUCAAAGGCACAGACUGAUUCUUCCAUUUCAUCAUCCUCACAAGAACAUGGAGAUAUCUUGGACAGUGGGGGCAGCCUUAGUGCUGCUGUACCUAAGAAGGGAGCUCCUAGCAGUGUGGAGAAUGGAGGAGAUGGCAGCCAACCAGAGGCUCUUAAUAAGAAGGCGCUGGUUAUUAUUAAGAGAGUGAGAGAGAAGCUGACAGGACGAGACUUUCUGAAUGAGGAAACACUUACAGUGCAGAAACAGGUGGACUUACUGAUCCAGCAGGCUACAUCUAAUGAGAACCUCUGCCAGUGUUACAUUGGCUGGUGUCCAUUUUGGUGAAGCUUCUCACUGUGUGUUGCACUGAAUAUAAACAUCAAUCAGAAGAUGCAACUUAACAAGUUAUGAAUAUAGUGUAAGACUUCUUAGUCGGGACUGUCAACACGUGAUCCUUCAGAGUAAAUGUGUAUAUGAUUACGACACGUUCUGUCUUUUGGGAUAUAAUUUCAUGUAGUCCAUUGAAACCAGGUUUCUUACUUGGCUUAUUCUUUGCCCUGAAGAUGGAGGUGACAUAUUCCUAUGAAACUUCAGUUGAUGUUUAACAGACUGCACAGUAUUAUAUGUAGGUAAGUCAAUAAUUAUCCGCAGUAUAGCUAUAAAUUUGAUUUCAAUACAAAUAGAAAACUUACAUUAACAUCAUUUUUCAACAUAGUCCCCUUGCUUUUCAACGCACUUGGUCCAUCAUUGCACAAGCUUCCUGAUGCCUUCAGAAAAGAAGGUUUUUGGCUGAGCAGCGAGCCACGCAAGCACCGCUUCCUUCACUUCUUGGUCCGAGGUGAAUCGACGGCCCCUUAAUGCCUCUUCGAGUAGACCAAACAAGUGGUAAUCAGAAGGGGCGAGAUGAGGACUAUACGGAGGAUGAGCCAUUGCAUCAAACUUGAGUUUCUGAAGGGUUUCAGCAGUGUGGGCAGCAGUAUGUGGACGGGCAUUGUCGUGCAACAACACAACACCUUUCGACAGUUGCUUCGAAUUGCAGGCCUGUCAGUAAGCAUCUCACUGUAAUGAGCACUGUUUAUUGUUGUGCCCCUCUCCUGAUAAUGUUCCAGUACUGGGCCUUGUGGGUCCCAAAAAACUGUAAGCCUCAGUUUUCCUGCAGAUGGUUGGCUUUUGAACUUUUUCUUGCUGGGUGAUUGUGGAUGUUUCCAUUCCAUACUCUGCCAUUUACUCUCCAGCUCGCAAUGAUGGAUCCAUGUUUCGUCACCAGUGAUGAUUCUCUCUAAGAAGACGUCACGUUCGUUACCAUAGUGAUCCAAGUGUUGUUGGCAGAUGUCCAAGCGCGCGUUUGUUUAUACAACACUGUGUGUUGUUUUGGGACCCAUCUUGCACAGACUUUAUGAAACCCAAGUCUGUUGUGGAUGAUUUCGUAGGCAGAACCAUGACUAAUUUGCAGAUGAUUUGCCACUUCAUCAAUAGUCACUCGUCUGCCUAACAGAACCCUGUCAUGUGCACGCUCAAUGUUGUCCUCAUUUGUGGCCGUGGAUGGUCGUCUGGCUCCUUCCUCAUGCGUAACACUUGUGCGAUCAUUUUUUAAUUUUUCAAUCCAUUUGUAGACACUCCGUUGCGUCAAAACAUUGUUCCUGUAUUAUGCUAAAAGUCUUUGAUGGAUUGCGGCCCCUGAUACACCUUCCGACCACAAAAACCAGAUCACUGAACGUUGCUCUUUGGCGUAAACAGAAAGUGGAGCAGCCAUGAUUAACGGCAAGGCAGUGAUGAUGGAACUGACCUAGCAACAUCAAACCUGCGCAGAAAUAAUGACAAGGAAACCACGCAUGGUGAUGCUGUGCAAAAUGACAGUGCUGCCAACAGAAACACAAAUACAACUGCGUUGCGGAUAAUUAUUGACUUCCCCUCGUAAAUACCUAUGUAUGUUGUUAGUUUCUGAACUAGAAGCUUGUAAACUUUUUCAGUGUUAUUGCUACUUUUAUGCAUUUUUUAAAACAUUUCUUUGAAUGGUCAUAGUUGUGGUAGGAACAAAAACGUUUUUUGUUAGUUGAUCAUUCUUACAGGUUAAUACAGAUUUACCUGUUAUGCCCCAAUUAUUUCCUUUUGUUUGAUAAAUUGUAAUAAAAUAUGGUACAAACCUAUGUUAGAAUUAGUAGUGCAUAUAUGUUGUAUACUGUUUAAUAAUCAUGCUUGGUAAGAACUUUAGAUAUAAAGAUUGAAUGUUAUGUAAACACAAAAGUAAAAAUAUUAUCACCUCUUCUUUUGUGAUACAGUGAGGCCAUCUAUUUGAUAUAAAUUUCUUCUCUGCCACUGAAAUCACCUGUUUCAUCGCCAUCUUCGACUAUCUCCCCAUACAACCUGAGGAUUCAUCCAUCAGAUCACCCACUCAUCCAUUUUGUAAGCCACCUCAUGGUGGUGACUUAAUUAUUAUUAUUAUUAUUAUUAUUAAUAUUCUUAGAAAUGCUCAGCAUUAAAAUAAGAAAAAGGAUUCACUGUCCAACUUGAUCACCCAUGCUCUAGAACAUCAUUUCCAAAUCUGAGAGCUCAUAAGGGUGAUUGGCACAUUCAGAAAUAUUUUGAAACUAAGCUUUCAGAAUGAAGUAUUGCUUGUUUUAUCAUAAAACUCUGUUCAUUCAAAAUGUAUUUCUACUGCUGCACCAAAUUCCAUGGAGCAGAGUCCUUGGAAAGAUAGUUGCUCAGCUACUGCAGAAAUUCCCCUGCCUUUUAUGGAACAAAAAGGUACAUUACCAUGCCCACAAGAUUCUGCCACUGGAACUUAUCCUGAGCCAGAUAAAUCCAGUCCCGUAACCUCACCAUAUUUUUAAGGCCCACUUUAUAUUCUCCCGUUUCUCAAGUGAUCGUUUUCUUACCAAAAUUUUGUUAUGUAUUUCUCAUCUGUGCUGUGUAUACUACAUGCUGUGCCCACCUCAUCCUGGCAGAUUUGAUCAUCAUCAUAUCUGGUGAAUAGUACAAAUUAUGCAUCUUCUCAUUACAUAAUUUUCUACAGAGUCUUGUCACUUUCUCCAUGUGGGGUCCAAAUAUUCUCCUUAGCACCCUGUUCUCAAACACUGUAUUUCUAUAUAAAUUUGAGUUACAUUUUGUCACCUGUUUCUUUAUUUUAAAUGGUUAACUGAAGAGUACAGUCCUCUGGGUUGUACUGCUGUGUAGAUUGGAGGCAGUCCAAAGUUUCAGAGACAAUAUGUUCCUCCAAAAUUUUGGGCUGUCUCCUAAUUACACAGCAGUACAACCCAGAAUACACCCUUCAUAGUUACUGCCAUGAGAACCUCAAAUCCAACAUGCAAGAAAUUAGUUAUGCAUUGCAUAUGUAUAUAUUUCAUUAUAAAUUACAAAGGCACAAUAAUUGACUGACACAUCCUACUGUCAAAAACCGUACAUAACAAAUCAUUAAAACUUUCACCAUUUCUUGUACAAUAACCAUAUAUAUAUACAUAUGUAGAGGCAUUUUCACGUAAUGUAUCACCUUUGGCACAUACAGUAAUAGUAAUAGAAAAAUACAGUGAAGGAACUUCAAGUUUAAAAUCUUGCGAAUUAAUCAGUCUUGAUUAUAUAUAAAUAAUUUAAUGGACUGAAAUAUAUAAUACUUGGUUAUCAUAAACAUGAUACAAAGAUUAUUUUCAGAGCAUCACAUUUAGCACUGACAAAAUAAGAUUAUCAUAUUUAUCUGAUAUUUUUAACAAUAAUUCGGCAAUAAUCAGACUAGAAAUUUCAUUACUAUUUUAUGGAAUAGGAACCUUGUUUUAAAAACUCUUUUUCUUAGAAAUUUGGCACAAAUAAAAAUAUACAGAGAUACCAGUUACAGUUAAUGACAUGCCAGUCAUUUAACAAAAGUAUUUCUGUUCUGCAGAGUUGAUGGCACUACAUAUGCCACAAACGAAACUCAGAAAAAUUAUUUCCAUCAGAUGUAUAUUUCUAUAUAAAUGUCUUAAUUAAAACCUUUUGUACAAUAACUGCACAUGUAUAUGCUGUGUUUACAUUAUAUUUUAAGUUAAGAAACCAUACAUAUUGUUGAUCGUUAGUUACGGUAUGUUUACAGUUGGUGCAACUGGGUGCUUUUGGGGUUAUUUACCCACACCUUUUCAACUGCAUAGGUUAUGCAGCACUGAUAGAUUAUUACAUGUUAAAUUUGGAGCAUGUUUUCAAAACAUAAUAUAUCCUCUUAUAUAAUCAGAAUUGAACCACAAACCACAGAUCAUCAAUCACAGAAGCAAAGUAGCUAAAAGACUGAUCUGGAGCUUUUGCUAAUCAGUAAAAUUAUGUAAACUGCUAUCUUUCAUGUAGUAUAUAUUUUACUUUGUGAAUGUUAUUUUUCAAACCAGUUAGAAAAAAGAGAAAAAUGUGACAAGCUAUUGAAACCAUAGUUUGUCAGUUUAUGGUAGAAGACUUACUUGGUACCUACAUCCUGCCUUACAUUUAAUGCAAGAAAUCCACAUCUGUCCAUUUUCAACAAAAUGGCAAAGGGAAAGACUGGUAAAGAAAGAAUUCUCUAAAAGUAUACAUGAAUGUAUCAAUGUUACAUUUAUAGAGAGCAAAAUGUGACCUAACCCACACAGGGGAUAUCUGACAACACAAAAAUGUGUCAUAUAUGCUCACAAAAUCAUACACACUACAGAGGAACCUGUGAUAUCAGUACUUGGACAGGUACUUGUUACAUUCUUCAAUCUUCAUUUUAGGCACCCAAGUUUAGACAUGUAAUAUAUAUGAUCAAUUAAGAAUAUUAAUCAGAGUAUUGAUGUUUAGAAAAUAAAACUUGAAAAGGAUAAGAAUCUUCAUUGCAGAAAGUUUAAUCGGCUCAUGAGGAAAACAAAAAGAUAGUACAUCAACUUCAGUCUUUGGUAGAUUCUACAACACAUCUGAACAAUGAUGUGAUAUUUUACUCUUAGAAAACUAUGGACCAAAAAUCUGUGAAUUCUAGAAUGGAGCGGAAGUUAUGAAGCAGUGUGACCAGAAGAUGGAAGCUGGUCCUGCAUCUUCUGAGGUAUUUUUGUAUUUAGCUUAGCUAGACAGUGAAUUCCAAACCUCAGAAGAAAAAUAUAAUUGUGUGAUGUGAUUCUAGUGGCAGGCAGAAUAGGAAACAAAACUAUGCUACCAUCUGGUAUGAAGGAAGCAAACAUUUUUCUGAAACAGAAGCUUUCUCUUCCUUACCACUGUUUCUUGGAUAAUGACAGACUUCAGGGAUACUGACAAAGGAAAGUACUGUAUGUCUACUGCACCCCAUAGGUGUGAUAUAAGAUGAUGGGAACUCCAAAUAAGAGUAAGUCAUCAGGGUGAAAGACAAAAGUUUGUUUAAUGCUGGAAGUACAACAGAAAGUUGGUAAAUACCAACUCUGAGUUCUUCCAAAACAGACACCACGAAAUAAAUUAAAAG